AUGGCUUCUGUGUGGUCCUUGAGUGUUAUCCUCUUCGGAGUUUUCCUGCUUCACAGAGUUCAUGCAGAUGAUGAGAUACGCCUUGGCAGUCCAUACUUAAAAAGUGCAGUGCGGAGAGCUAUGGAAACAGUGGACAGAGCAUAUAAGGAGACCAGAAAAUGCCAAAAGGAACGGCUGCUCAAAAGAGACUUGAGUCCACAUGACCUCAUGCGCUUCAUCAAGCACCCAUUGGCUGAAACCAGGGUUGCAGUGAGAUCAGCAGAGUACAUGGAAACCACACUGAACCUGGUCCAAGAAAAAGUCCAUCGAAUCCACAGACGGGAUCUCAAUGCAUCAGAUCUUUUAACAUCAGCUGACCUGGUCACCAUUGCACGCAUCACAGGCUGCCAAGCUCUCCGUCAGCCUCCAGUCUGCAUUGACGACUGUUGGACAAACCGAUACAGGACCUUCACCUCCAUAUGCAACAACAGGCAGAGGCCGCGUAGGGGGGCCUCCAACACCCUGCUCAUCCGGUGGCUUCCUGCUCGCUAUGAGGACGGGGUUAACCUUCCAGUCGGCUGGACUCCAAGCAAACUAUAUUCUGGAUUUCCUGUGCCUUUGGUUCGAGAGGUGUCCAACAUAAUCCUGAGAAUUACGGGUGAAGUGCCCUUGGACAUAGAAUCAAGCCAUUUUUUUAUGCAGUGGGGACAGUGGAUUGAUCACGACAUGACUUUAACCCCUCAGUCUGGCAGUAUCCAAACCUACAGCGGUGGAAUCAACUGUGAAAACACUUGCAUUCAGAGAAACCCAUGUUUCCCGAUUAGGAUUCCUCCCAAUGACACGAGGAUCGCAAAUAAUGAAACAUGCAUGCCCUUCUUCCGAUCGGCUCCUGCUUGUGGCACUGGUGAACUUGGCUCAAUCUUUGGAGAUGUGAACACUCGGCAGCAGAUAAAUGCCCUCACCAGUUACAUUGAUGUCAAUGAAGUCUACGGCAGCACCGACUGUCUGGCCAACAAGCUCAGAAACCUGGCCAAUGAAGAUGGCAUGAUGGCAGUGAACCAGGAAUACUCUGACAAUGGACGAGAAUAUCUACCAUUCAACAACUUUUCAAAUAACCUUUGUGGCAGCCCUGGGAACUCCUGUGGCAACAGCCCAAAUGCUACUCCAUGUUUUAUUGCUGGCGAUGUACGUGUGAAUGAACAGUUGGCACUGUUGUCUUUCCACACAAUGUUUCUACGGGAGCACAAUCGCAUCGCAAAAGAGCUGAAGAGACUGAACCCGCACUGGGAUGGGGAUACAAUAUAUCACGAAACGAGAAAAAUCAUGGGAGCUUUCCAACAGAUUAUAAAUCACAGAGACUAUGUUCCCAUCUUAAUUGGAUCAGAAGCAAUGGAGAGAUUUCUCCCAGACUACCAAGGUUACGAUGAGUCCGUUAAUCCCAGUAUUGCUAACGCUUUCGCAGCAGCAGCCUUCCGUUUCGGACACACCACGGUUCGGGGAAUGAUAUUCCGCCUUGCAGAAAACUACGAGGAGCAUCCAGACUUCCCAAGUCUGCUCCUGCAUCAGACUUUCUUCGCUCCGUGGAGACUGAUAAAGGAAGGUGGAGUUGAUCCCAUUGUCAGAGGAUUGUUGAACAAACCUUCAAAACUACAGACACAGACCAAGAUGAUGCACGAUGAACUGCGAGAGAGGCUAUUUGAGAUGUUUUCACAAAUAGGGCUGGAUCUGGGUUCUCUGAACAUGCAGCGUUCCCGUGAUCACGGAAUAGCAGGUUACAAUGCAUGGAGGAGAUUCUGUGGACUUUCACAACCCAGGAACGAGUCUGAACUAUCUGAAGUGCUCAACAAUAGCGAUCUUGCAAGAAAGUUAAUUGAUCUCUAUGGGACACCAGACAACAUUGAACUUUGGAUAGGAGGAAUCUCUGAACCAUUCGUGGAAGGAGGGAAGGUUGGCCCUUUGUUGGCCUGCUUGUUAGGACACCAAUUCCAGAACCUGAGAAAUGGAGACAGGUUCUGGUGGGAAAAUGAAGGAGUGUUUACGAAGAAACAGCGCAAGGCUCUCACUGAGAUUUCCAUGUCCAGGAUAAUCUGUGAUACCACCGGGAUUGACUUACUUCCUCGGGAUGCAUUUAAAUUCAGUUCCUCUACCGAAGAUUAUGUACGCUGCAAAAAAAUACCACAAGUGGACCUGAAACCCUGGAAGGAGAAGGUGAAAGAUCUCCCUUGUGGUCCGGUGCCCAAGGUACAGAAUGCCUUUUUCUCCACAUGUAAUUCCUCAGUCAAGUACACUUGCCAACGUGGAUUCACUUUAAAGGGAGCUCAGGUGAUAAACUGUGGGAAGAAAAAGAAGUGGGAGAGUGAACCGCCUAGCUGCUCAGGAGGUAAUGACCGUAAUAUGAUAAGUUUUAAUCUACAAUUUGAGAGGGAGAAGGAUAAAUCGAAGGUGUUAGUAUUUCAGUUGAACAAAGGGGACAAUGGAGCCAUGAGGAAGGAACUGGCCAAGGAAGUAAUGAUUAUUGGGAAUGUUCUACUCAAGACGGCUGUAGAAGCUCAUUUGCGGAUUACGCCCAAGAUAAAGGUUGAUAGGUUCUUAAAUAUGGAGAGAGGGAUGGGAUAUGAGGAGGGAGCCGAUUAUGUUGAAAUAGCUGACACAGUGCAGAGCAGGGAAGAGCAGAGAGUCACUAACAACUAUGUUUGGAUUUCUAUAUUUAAUUCUGCUGCCCCAUCGCAAGAAGCUGACAACCUUCCUCCAUUGUGA